GGCGUGCGCCGAGAGCAGGCGGCGGCCGCGGGAGCGCCGCAACAUGGCGGCGCCAGGCAGCGGCCGCGGGGAUAACGGUUACGGGAGCCAGCAGCCGCGGCGGCGGCGGGGCCCGGGCGCGCUGGCCACGGCCUAUCUCGUUAUCUACAACGUGGUGAUGACGGCGGGAUGGCUUGUAAUUGCAGUUGGUCUAGUUCGAGCAUACCUGGCUAAAGGUAGCUACCAUAGUCUUUACUAUUCAAUAGAAAAACCCCUGAAAUUCUUCCAAACUGGAGCUUUGCUUGAGAUUCUGCACUGUGCAUUUGGAAUUGUUCCGUCUUCUGUAGUCUUGACUGCUUUCCAAGUGAUGUCAAGGGUUUUCCUGACCUGGGCAGUAACACAUAGUGUAAAAGAGGUACAAACUGAAGAUAGCGUCCUGUUGUUUGUUGUGGCCUGGACAAUCACUGAGAUCAUCCGUUAUUCUUUUUAUACGUUUAGUUUAUUAAACCAUCUCCCUUAUCUCAUCAAGUGGGCCAGGUACACUUUGUUUAUAGUAUUGUAUCCAAUGGGAGUCUCAGGCGAAUUACUCACAAUAUAUGCUGCAUUACCCUUUGUCAGACAGUCUGGCUUGUAUUCCAUUAGUUUACCUAACAAGUACAAUUUUUCUUUCGACUACUAUACAUUCCUGAUCCUGAUUAUGAUCUCUUACAUACCAAUCUUUCCUCAGCUGUAUUUUCACAUGCUACAUCAGAGGAGAAAGGUACUUUCCCACACUGAAGAACACAAGAAGUCGGAGUAAUUCCAACUCUUUUUCAGAACUUUUCAAACACCAAAAUGCUGGAGAUUUUCAAUACUCAGCACGUUUAUAGAGAAUAUACCAAGAUAAACUAAGUCAGAGGUAAAAGACCAAUAAUUUAGCAAGAAUAACCAAUAAACCUGAUUUCACUGAAAUUCCACAGUGUAAAACAUUGAAAUAAGUUUCAGCUUGCAGUGCUUCAGAACACUUCUAAACUUUAAAUGGCUUUAGCAGUUAGCCUUUUACUUUUCCUUAAAUGAUAUGCUGAAUGGUUUUCAGUUAUUGCUAAAUGCCUGAGGGUUACAGUAUGAGUGAUAAAGUUGUACCCACUAAAUGCUUGAAUUGGGGUUAUAGUACUGAUAUCUUUAUUAUUUUCUUUUUCAAUGCUUGACUGCAUGCCAGAAACUGUAUGUAUUGCUGUGGAAGCAAACAAUAAGCUCUGGAAUGCUUUAGGACUUUUGUCAGAGACUCCAGUGGAGAAUGUAACCCAGGCAGACUGUUUGAAUUUAGAAAGGUACGUUGUGAAUUUAAAAGGCAAUGGGAACAGGAACUGGAAGGCAGUUACAGAAAAUAAGGGGUUCUUCAGGAAUUAAAUACUACGGUGUCUGACCAGAGUAUGUUUUCUGAAGAUCUUAAGCUGAUUACUCAAAUGCUAACAUUCAUCCAGAGGUUAUACUGCUGAUCUGAAACACUAAAACUUAAGUACUGCUGCCUUGGAUAUUUUUUAAACAUAAAAGAAUACUUAUUGUAGUAUUUCUUGAGACAUCAGUGAUGAAUCUGAACAAUAUAAGGAAGCAAGUACAAGUAUAGUUCUCCCUUUUGAUUUUAUAUUAUUGUCUCUAAUUAUCGACUAGCUCAGUGGUAUUCAUCUUUCUAUGUUGAAGACUAUUUGGUCUACUGUAGAAUCAUUUGCAAGCCUUGUGCUUCAACCUGCCUUUUCUCAAGUGACUAAUAUGUAUCACUGGCACAUCCAAACAGGCAGUUUGAGACACUCUGCUUCUAAAAUGUUGCAAAAAAACCUAAGUUCCUUUUUUGAAAGCAGCUAUGUCAUGUGCUACAUGCUGCUUUUGCAGGUUGGACAAGCCUUGCCUCAUCUGCUCUCCUGAAAGAGCAGAAGAGCACAGAAGGCAAACUUACCUAGGCGCUACUUGGCUUCUUGGGCCAAACCUUUCCUAGGGAAGGUAAAACAAAAAAGAUGAAAGGAUUGAGAAAACCAUGUGACAGGCCAAAAUCUCCUAAUGCUGUAUGAGCAGUGGCCUGAGUUAUGAACAAACUCUGUGUUGAGGGAGAAAGGGAGCAACAGAGGGAGCAGGGGAAAAAAGCAGACAUCCAAGCAGUGGCAAAAUGUAGAGCACAGUCUUUGCUCUGUCAGGUAGUAGUGGUCAAAGUUCUAUAUUUACCUCAUCAGAGUCACUUGACAUCAAGACUAGGGCUCCUCUGGCUCCCUUCUUGUAACAUCAAGAUUCAGUGUGCAAAUGAGGUGUAGCUACUACCAUGGUAUCUGUGAUACUAGUCUUCUGUCAUGCUUUCCAGCACCUCCCCUGGCCUUGGCCCGCAUCUGUGUCCCAGCACGCUGACAUGUUGCAGCUUUCUCCAUGUGGGGCAGUAUGUACUAAGUGCAUGGCCUCUCUGUGCCAGCAGUUAGGGAGAACUGGGUUGACAAAUAUCAAAAGUAAUUUUAAAAGCUGUAUUAAAAAAAAUGCAUUUUUGGGGAAUUUCCUUAUUAGCUCCAUCAAAAAACUUGACUGAGUUUUCCUAACACUGAGGAGUGUGCCAAACACCUUUCCUGUUCAACACAAAUGGGACUACUGUAAGUAGGGAGGGAGUAAGAGGCAAUAAUGAGUGCUGCUUCUAUUUUAAGCAACGUUUUCUAGACAGUUGUUGGCUGUAAUCAGAAAUGCUAUAGUUAUGUGCAGCCUAAAAGUAGUUUUGCAUUGAGACAAAACAAUUCAUUUCUCUAUUAGACUGUGUACUGCUGUGUACUGGUGAUCUGAGAAAUGUUGCAUUAUACUGCAUUCACCGCUCAGAAAAGUAUGUCACCUUUGAACAACACAUCUCCUUUUGCUUAUACUUUUUACUCAAUUAUUAGUGUCAGUCUUUCUGAAGGAUGUAAUUUAAAAGAUCUGAUUUCCUAAUGUGCUCAGAUUACUGGAUGUUGUAGGUACUCUGCUCCCAAAAUUUUUCUUGACUUGAUUUCUGUGCCUGAAAAUAAGAUUUGGAUUCAAGUUUGUAGUUGCAGGUUGGAGGGGGGGGUGAAAUGGCUGUAUAGUAUUUCUAUAUGAAACAAACUGGUAGAGAUCUUGAUGGGAAGGAUGUAGUACAGAUCUGUAGCAUUGGGCCUAAGAAACAGAGAGCUGCCAAUAGGGUGAAGGCUUGUAUAGCCAACCUCUUUACUGAGCAAGCUUUAUUUUGGAAUAUUUACUUCAAUUGAAAAUAUUAAUCUACUCCACAAAUGCAAAUGAACUAUAGCCUUUUUAAAAGAAUAUGGCAUUUCUUUUCCUUCUAAAAGACAGGAAAAUAAAUUGUUUUGAUAGUAAGAAAUCUCAAAAUAAUUGACUUUUUUUUUAAAAAAAAUCCAUAAUCUGAAAUAUGAAACAUGCAGUUAAUAGAUAAAAGGAUUCUAGCAUUUAUGAUUGCAGUUCUUAAAGUUAAGCUUCAUACAAAUCACUGGAAGGUGAUCUUGAAACUGUAGAAUGAUGCCCUAAUACUGACUGGGAUUACAUGUGUGAUUUUUUUUUCCCUUCUUUGUAAAAUGAUAACAAAUGUCCCCUCAUCUCUCAGUGAAAUUAUAAUGUGGUAAUGUGGUGUAUGUGAACUUCAUAAUGGAAGCUUUGAUCAAUACUUUUUCACAAAUUUAGAAGUUUUCUUUGUUUUGUUUUUUUUAUGCAAGCUAUUUACUUGGCUUGCGUUUUUUUUCUCUAUCGGCAUUGCUGAACUGCUGCAGCAGACAUCUUUUCUGCUUUGGUCAUCUUUGUGUUGUAUGCUGUAGUUCAGUUGACAGUACUACCAUGUUCUACCAUGCUAGCUUUGUCUGAAUUACUCAUUACCCUCAAAAAGACCAUGUUCUUCCUAGUGUAUGGUUUACAGCUGGAGUUGUAGAAAUGUUCAUAUUGUAAAUUACAGUAAAAUGCAGACUACAGUGCAGAUAAAUUGUAAUUUUUCACAAUGUGGUGUUUCUAUCAAAGUUUUCUUACUUAUCAGUAGAAAGGUUGGCAUUUGUGUGGACCAAUCUGCAGUGUCAUUUUAAAAGCUAUCUUUCAAAUGCAAAUUUUCAUGAAUAUACAUCAAAUCAUGUGAUUUGAUGUGUAUUUGUCAGUGAAAUUUGAGUGAAAACUAUAUACGGUCACUUUUGUAUUUUUUUUCUAUGUUGUGAAGAAUACAAUUGUAAUUUUAUAAGUCUGAUUCACUAAGUUAAAUGUAUUUUUUGUAUAUUUAGGAAUCUGGUAUUACCUGGAGCUCUGAAAGAUUAAGCAUAGAAUUUUUAUGCAUGUUUGGAAGACAUUUCUACUUGGUAAUGCAGUGAAAUGGUUUGUAUGCUAAAAUACUAGUCUGUGGUGUUGCCUUGUGAAACUGAUUCUCUGCUCUCUGCCUGGAUUUGGACUACUGACCAGUGAUACUAAUUGCUGUAAUCCAAAUAAAAUAUUCUGAACGAAA